AUGGCUUCAGGCUCUGCAACUCCUCUCCUUCUCUUAUACCUCAUCUCCAUUUCCUUGGCAACAACUUGCCAUUCAUUCUCCACUGAACAAUUCCUCCAAUGUCUCCAAAGCAAAACCUCAACUAAAAACAUCUCCCAACUACUCUUCUUCCCAAACACCACCUCCUACUCCACGCUCCUCCUGUCCUCAAUUUCAAACGCCAGGUUCACCACCCCACAAACAUCAAAACCCCUACUCAUCUUCACACCAUCUCAUGAAUCCCAUGUCCAAGCAUCUGUCCUCUGUUCUAAAACCUAUUCUCUUUCCCUUAGAGUUCGGAGUGGUGGCCAUGACUUGGAAGGCCUCUCUUACCAAUCUCUGGACAACCAACCUUUCAUCAUUCUAGACCUCAACAUCUUGCGAUCAGUGACUGUUGAUGUAGAGCAUCGCACUGCGUUGGUUGAGGCCGGUGCAACCAUCGGCGACCUAUACUAUCAAAUUGCCAAACAAACCACAACACUUGGAUUCCCGGCGGGCACCUCCCCCACUGUUGGCGUCGGCGGGCAGAUAAGUGUCGGCGGCGUUGGAACUCUUGUCAGGAAGUACGGACUCGCAGCUGACAAUGUCUUGGAUGUAAGACUUGUGGACGUGUAUGGCCGGAUAUUGGACAAAGAUUCCAUGGGAGAGAAUCUCUUCUGGGCAGUUAGAGGUGGUGGAGCUGUGAGCUUUUGUGUUGUUCUUUCAUGGAAGUUGAGGUUAGUUCCAGUCCCUCAAACUGUUACCUUGUUCAAUGUAGCCAAAUCAUUACAGGAUGGUGCAAUAGAUAUCAUUGACAAGUGGCAGCAUGUCGCUUACAAUCUCCCAGAGGACUUGUUCAUUGAGACUCUGAUGCAAACUCUAAUGAACGGUACCAAAGGAGCAGAAGUUUUCUUCAAUGGGCUGUAUUUAGGGAAGUCCAAUGAGGCUCUGGAGGUGAUGAACAUUAGGUUUCCUGAGUUGGGAGUGAAAGCGAAUGACUUGAAUGAGAUGAGUUGGAUUCAGUCAGUCUUGUCCUUUGCCCUUUAUCCUAUUGAUUCCCCUAUUGCAAUCCUUAUCGAUAGGAGCCUCCAACAAAAGGCUAAUUUCAAAGCUAAGUCUGACUAUGCAGUGAAUCUUCUACCAAGAGCUGCAUUGAAUCUCUUGUGGGAUAGUUUACUGCAAGUUGACAGAGCAGCCAUUUAUUUUGAACCAUAUGGUGGGAAGAUGGCUGAGAUUCCAGAGUUCCAGAUACCAUUUCCUCAUAGGAAGGGGAGUCUAUUCAGCAUCCUUUAUCUUGUGGCAUGGGCAGAGGAGGCUGAGAAAAACUUGGACUGGGUUAGAAAUUUAUAUAAUCAAAUGACUCCUUACGUCUCAAAGAAUCCCAGGGGUGCAUAUUUGAACUAUAGAGAUUUAGAUUUAGGGAGGAAUGAAGGGAGAAAAACAAGCUAUUCCAUGGCUGAGGUGUGGGGUCACAAGUACUUCAAGAAUAACUUCUUAAGGUUGGCUCUUGCCAAGGGUAAAGUUGAUCCUGUUGAUUUCUUCUGGAAUGAACAGAGCAUUCCUCCUCUUGUGCUUGUUAAGGUUUGAUUAUAGCAGCUUAUGUGUCAGCGAUGUAAUUGCUUGUGUGGCAGCCCGAGUGGAAGAAAUAACACUUGGUCAUAUGAUUAAGUUAUGAGUCAGUUGUUCGGUUAUCUUGGUCUUUGUAAUACUGAUGUGUUUAGCAGCUAUGUUUUUCUAGGUUAAAAUGUCAAUGUUGUAAGCCUUGAUAUAAAGGCAUGUAUA